CAAAAAACGCGCGGCGCUCUUCGUCCCUCACAACAGCACCAAACGAGGAGUGCAGGACCAACGCGGAGGAAGCGCGCCCGUCCCACCGCCUCCCAGAACCGAGGGACGGCCGGGAGGGUGGCGCUCGGAUUCCAUGGCAACUGCUUGGCAGCCGAGCGCGCGCGCCUAGUCUCCCGACCCCCGUCGUCCUCGCUGCCGCCGCCAUGUUGAUGCUGGGUCGCGGGGUGGAUGCCAGGGACAAUCAGACUAGACAAAUACGGGAUGCUGUGUCAAAUGUGGAAAAACAUUUUGGUGAACUGUGCCAAAUAUUUGCAGCAUAUGUACGAAAAACAGCCAGACUGCGAGACAAAGCAGAUCUCCUGGUAAAUGAGAUACAUGUUUAUGCUGCAACAGAAACACCAAAUUUAAAGCUUGGAUUAAAAAAUUUUGCAUCUGAAUUUUCCAAACUUCAAGAUUACCGCCAGGCUGAGGUGGAAAGACUGGAAGCUAAAGUGGUUGAACCCCUGAAAUGUUAUGGGACCAUUGUAAAACUGAAGAGAGAGGAUCUCAAAGCAGCUUUAACAGCAAAGAACCGAGAAGCCAAACAGUUGUCUCAGCUGGAAAGGACCCGUCAACGUAAUCCCUCAGAUCGGCACAUUAUUUCACAGGCUGAAAGUGAAUUACAGAGAGCUUCACUGGAUGCUACUAGAACAAGUCGACUGUUGGAGGAAACCAUUGACAACUUUGAAAAACAAAAAAUAAAAGACAUAAAGAACAUAUUUUCAGAAUUUAUAGCAAUCGAGAUGUUAUUCCAUGGGAAAGCUUUAGAGAUUUACACUGCGGCCUACCAUGCUAUACAAAACAUUGAUGAGAAUGAAGACUUAGAGGUGUUCCGGAGCUCUCUCUAUCCUCCAGAGCAUCAGUCUCGUCUGGACAUUGUACGUGCAAAUUCAAAGUCUCCUCUCCAGAGAACUGGUUCAUCCAAAUCUUGCACUGGAAUAGUUCAGCAGAUUUCCAAGAAUCAGUUUAAAAAGGAAGAAGAGGAGGAGGAGGAAGAGGAGGACUCAGAAACCACAAAGGAUGAAAGAUAGCUUUAGUAACUGGAAAACCUUUUUUUCGAACUGAAGUACUUGUGUUGAUGCUUCAUAUUAAGACUUUGAGACUAUCCAUUAAAAUUACCAUAAAGAAUAAGCAACCUUUGGGUUCAAUUAACAUAAUCUUAUCUAAACAAGCAGUUCUGUUGUUGGUUGAGUUGUACUAGACCAUGGACCCUAAUAAAGGCUACAUCUUCAGUCUUAUAACCUCUACAAGUAAAUCACGAACGUCGGUGAAAAUGUGUGUCUACAACAAUAGUUCUCAACCCACCAGUUGUUCUAUAAGAGUACCCAGGUCCUACCACAAGAGAAACAAAAAGCCCACUUAUUUCUGACAAGGACAUCUAUAUUUAUGAGGAUUCUGUUAUUACUACUAGCAUGCAAAAACAUCACAGAUGGACAAUCCAUGAUAUGGGUGGGAGCAGGCAGCCUUUCAUACCUGCAGGUAAACGCUGGGAUUGUGGGAGAACAAUUUUUUAGUAACUGUUAUAAAAUCAUUGAAUCCCACCUGACUACUUCUGUGUUCCACUGGUGGCACACGGACCACCAGUUGAGAACCACUGGUCUACAACACUAACCCACUAUAGUGGAAGCAAGCAAUCAAUGGGUCUGCAAGGGCCUUCAUCAAAAUUAUUCCCAAAUUCUUCUUAUCCAAUAUGCCCUAUACCCCCAAACCAAAUUCUUAGUUGCAUCUAGAUCAGCUAAAAAGGGCAAAUGCAAUUUUGGGCUGUAUCAACAGAAGUAUAGUGUCCAGAUCUUGC